GUCGACUAUGAAUUGGAGAUCAGUUUUUCAAAGAGUUAUGAUAUUUUUUUCCCAGGAUUCUAAAAUUUUGCAUCCAGUCUGAUUGAGAGAGACCGCUUGUAGCAACAAGAUGAGUAGUGCCUCAACGAGUACUGCUCCCAAUAAAGAAAUUUCAUGUGCUGCUGCUCGCAAACCUUCUCCUUCAACUGGACUUUCUAGCUUGUCCCUCGAUCUACUUAUACGCUACAUCGAUAACGUUUUGUCUGCUAUCAUCAACCAGAACUUGGGCUGCAAAAUAAUUGAUAGUGGAACAGAGCUAAGGGAUUUAGUACAGCCUGUUGCCUCAGAUUUUUCCAACAUAUUUGAUGGCAUUUCAGAGGGUGCAAAAAUGUUCUCGGAUCAGAAAUUCUUGAAGUCUCAGCUUUCUACCGAGGCGCAUUCAGUGGCGGUUGACGUAUUGAAAGGAUUGGGGAGUGUACAUUGGGUUGCAGUGGGGCUUUUAGCGAUAGCUAAAGUUCUAGAAAGAUUCGACAACAUUUCUGCAAAUGACAGAGAAUGCAUAGACCUUCUUAAAGCUAUGCGUAAGCUCGGUAAUACCUGAAACAAAUGAAAGAUAUUUAUGCUGAUUUGAACAAAGAGAUUUUAGAAGAUAUGAGCGAAGCUGCUAAAUUGAUUGUUUCUGGUGCGAUUCUGUGUUGUUCCUUUAUCACAUCGAACAAAUUAUCCAAGUAAGUAGUUUGUGUCAAUAUAUUCUUUGAUGAAGGUACAGACCAUAGCUCUGUUGCAUUGAUUUAGUUAAUGGGAGAUUCGUCACACUCAAUAAAAACAAAGAUUUUUUUAUAUAUUUUAGUGACAUUUGUCUGGUGACUCCAAAGGUUCUUGUUAACAAAGAAGAUCCGCGAUGAACUUGUCUAUGUUCGCGGAAAAGUAGAUUCUAUGAAAGCUGAUCUGAUGCUUCAAAUGCAAGUUCUAACCGUGACUACACUUACCUUCUAUCAUCGGCAAUAUAAUGUUGCAGGUUGUGAUCUUCACAUGAGAAAGUUCCAUUUUCACAAUCAAAAGCUAAUAUAACUAAUUGAAUGUUGAUUAUCAAUAUA